AUGCCCGGCGAUCACAAGACGGCGCAGGAGACUGCCGAAUAUGUCGUCCCGACCUCUACUACAGAUUUGGAGGAAGUCCUUAGCCCCGCCGGAGGGAGCUCCGGUAAUGGCGAAGUCGAGCCGCUGAGCCCGGAAAGCGAAGGCGGCACAUAUCCACCCGGGCUCCCUCAUCCCCUGGGAUCCAUGGAGCACGACAGCAGCAGCAAGUUCAAGCACGGUGCUGGGACGGCGAAGCCGAAGAGCGGACCUCAUGCCGACACCGCAUCCAAGUCCCCGAGAUAUGUCAACUUAGACUUCGUUGCUACUCCUUUUGUGGAGACAUUGGAUGUCGCACUACCUCAGAAGCUGCCGCUCCCGCUGUUUCAGGGCCCGGCGAAGCUGGAGACUCAUCCCUUUGACCGAUCUCUUCACGAUCGGGGAGAAUGCAAGCCCUGCGCUUGGUUCUGGACGCCUGGCGGCUGCCAGAAGGGUGACUCGGCCUGA